ACGUGUCUUUUAAUUGGUUUUUCGAUUUCAUCACUGAAUAAUCUGAAUACUCAGGUAACGAUGUUUUAGAUAGAUUAUCUGCACAAUGUUGACUGCGAUUACUGGCAACCCAGCUUUGUAUUCGUUUCUCACAUCAUCCGAGUCGCGCUGCCGAGCGCACGCGUUCCGCGUUCACCGCGCAGCCGCCCCGCACCCCGCGCUCUCUUUUUAUUUACAUCCCAGUCAGUGCAAAACAUUGUAACAAAUAAAUGAAAAUAACACUACAAACAACAAAUAAUAAUAGUGAAGUGUAAUAUAAGUGCAUAGUGUAAAGAAAUCCCGCCCAAUCAUCUCGCAUUGUGCAUGUACUGUUUUAAUAACAUUCGACGUUCAAACCAUUGAUUUUACAAAUAUACGUGGAGUGUUUAAAAGAAAUUGUUUAGCAAUUCGGUGUUAAGAAACUAAACGUACAAUGAUAAUGCCUUAAAGUAUAUAUAAGAAUUGAUUUCUCUCAAUAUUCUAUGGAGCGUGUUAAAUUUAGUUGCUGCGUGGGUUUCCGUAUGCCCGUGUUCUAUAAUCGGACCAUUAGAAAAGUACACUGUGAUGCAAAGAAUCGUAUACGUGUGGCAUGGACUUAAGACGCAGAAGCCGUAUACAUUUAUUUAUACACUAACAACACGUGUCGUCCUUCACCUACAGUAGCAGCAUCAUUGGAUUAUAGUACAUCAACAGACUCGGUCAAAAUGAUGUGGCCGUCGUCGCAAGCGAGUAAAAUACUUACAUUUCUACUCUUUUCCAUAAUCGUCUACUGCAUCUACAUGGACACAUUCUUGUUCCUUCGAAUAAGGAACUACAAAAUAGAUAUGUUUGAGGCCAGUGUAGAAAAUUCGACGCAGACAGACUAUUCGACGCAUUCCGCAGUGAGAAUACUGCCAAAUUACGAAGACGUUACAUGGAUACCGUGCAGCAUCAAUCCUUUGUGCCAUCCCACCGUGAAAGGGUUAAUGGUAGACCACAUAAACCAUUAUAUCUAUGGCCCUUUCUGUGCAAUAGUGGAUAUUGGAUUGGGGAUCUCGGAAAACAUGUUGUUUUUGACACCGAAUAUGAUAUCCUUCUCUCAUGUGCUCAUUGCUUUUGUCGGGGCAAAACUUUUGACCUGCCAGAAUUUAGCGUUACGCAGAGUAGCAGUAGUGAUGUUCCAGAUUCGAAUGUUUUUGGAUGAUUUAGACGGACAUGUAGCGAGAGAGAGGAAACAUAUAAAAGGAGAGAGAUCUGAAGUUGGAACUCUGGGCUAUUGGGUUGACGGAUUUUGUGACCUUAUCGGAGUUAUAGCUAUGAUGAUCGGUGUUACUUUGUAUUUGAAAAAUAACCCUCCAAGAAGAGGUUACAAAGGCACGCCAGUGAGUACUUUACCUUACCACCAGUUAAAAGAAAUCAAUUCUACGGAAGACAUUGAAAAAGAAAGUACAGUCGAGGUCGGGAUUUCUUACAAGACUAAAGUGUCGUUCCAGAAAAUAAUACAAGUGAUAGGACUUUUCUCUGGUCAAAUGGUGCUAUCUUCUUUAGCGUGGAAUAGGUACAUAGAUGUUUAUCAGGAGUUGCUAGAAAACUGUACAGAAUACGAUGUUGUUCGGCGUGAGACUACUUUUAAGUCUGGAGUGUUUUUCUUUGCGACCGGUUUGUGGAGAGUGGUAAACCCACACUCGUACCUGCAUGUGUUGUCGCUAGCUGUGUUCUGCGAUAAGACUUGGAGUUUCUUAAAAGCAGUACAUUACAGUGGUUAUAUUUCUUUAGUUAUAGCUGUUGGUAUGUCUGAAUAUUUAGUAGAAAACAUCAGGUCGUAUGUGUUGACUGAAGGUCGAUGAUUGCGAAUGUAUGUUCAAAUAUUAUGGUUUCCAUAUUUUAUCGUUAUAGAGAGAAGCCAUGAUUUUUUAAGUUUAUUGCUAAUGCCAAAGAUCAAGUCAACAAAAACGAACGUUCAGGUCGUUUGGCUAGCAAAAUGCAAAAAAAAUAUCACGAAUUUGAAAAUUCAAUAAAAAACAUGUAAUUA